AUGCACGGAGAAUGGAAAUCGGCGCUUCGUCUUCAAAUCGAAGCACUCGCCAAACGGAAUGAUUUGCAUCGGAAGUCUUCGUACGAAGAGGUCAAACGGAGAACCGCCGACAUGGACAAACGAAUCGUGCGGCUCCGAGAGCUCGUCAGUUCGAGUGCCAACGAAGCGGCCCUCUUCUACCUGGAAUGUGUGUGUCAUGCGGACGAAACGGAGCAGAUAAUGAACAGAGGAUCGUCGCAAGGGAAGAAGCGGAGGAAGAAGAAGAGCUCGACGCCCGGACACUCCGCCCUCGAUCUCCCCCCUUCUCAUACAAUAUCAUCGUUUCCCAGUGUGGUUAGUUGUUGGUCCUUCAGUUUUUAUUCGUAGAAAUGAUGCUCCAGUCCUCUCCCGAAGUGAUCCAAACAAUCGACGUCUCGGCCCUCGAGGCGCAGUCCACAAUGCCCCAGAGACCUCACUGGUGGGACCAAUUUCAGCUGUACCGACGAACGGAUCUGCUGCGUCUUUCGAAGCAGAACGAUCGGAGAGAACUCUGGAGGACUCAGAAAGAUUUCUUCCUGACCUGUCUCGGAUUCAUGGUCGGAGUAGGGCACACGAUGCGGUUUCCUGCGAAGGUUUAUCAGCACGGGGGCGGCGUGUUCUUCAUUCCUUACUUCUUUUCUCUGAUAUUCUUCGGUUUGCCAUUAGUCUUCCUGCAUUUAUCUCUCGGACAGUACACUGGUCAAGCUGCCAAUACGGCCUUUCAGAAGUUGAUGCCAAUUGGUUCCGGUUAGUGGAGAAAUUGAAGAGAGAGGAAAAGAACGGGAACAUUUCAGGAGUUGGCUGGGCCCUUGUUGUCAUUGCGAUCCCAGUGGCUGUCUAUUACAAUAUCAUCGUUGCCUGGGCCAUUCAUUACUUCUUCCAAUCUGCGAAAGGACUUCUCCUCGGCGGCAGUUUGCCUUGGGAGUUUUGUAAAGAAGGUAUCUGAGUGCUCACAUGUCCCUUGAAUUCCUGUGAACUCUCAGAGUGGCAACUGGACAAUCGGUGCUGUAAUCUGCACAAUCUGCACUCGUGCUUCAACUCAACCACCUCCAUCACAGCCCCCGAGGCUUUCUUCCAGUGGGUUCGCUUCAGUUUUCCACCAUCCCAACCUCUCCACGUUUACAGUUCUGAAGUGCUUUCCCUCUCAACUUUCGGGGACUUUGCCCUCGGUCCCCUCCAAUCCCACCUCGUCCUUUCCCUCGCUGCCGCGUGGCUUCUCGUCUUCUUCGGAGUUUUCAAAGGGCUCGGAUCUAUUGCCCAAACUAUGAAUGUGACUGCGACUGUGCCCUACCUGCUGCUCUCAAUUCUCCUUCUGCGCGGCAUCUCGCUCCCCGGCGCCAACAAGGGACUCUCCUUCCUUUUCACCGUCGACAGCACCAAACUUUGGAAGUGGCAGAUAUGGAAAUCGGCCGCCGAGCAAGUGUUCUAUGAGCUGGGCAUCGACGCGGGUCCUCUGAUUUCCAUGGCGGCCUUCUCUCGCUAUCGCAACAAUGUCUACCGGGACUCGGUCCUUUUGGUUAUCAUGCAAGUGCUCGAGAGACUACCGUAAUCCAUGCUGCCUCCUUUUAGGGACGCCCUGACUUCGAUCCUCUCGGGAAUGGUCAUUUUCUCGUUCGUCGGAUUCAUUGCCAGUGAAUCUAACAGCAAUGUGAACGACGUUUUGAGUAGAUCAACUUCUAAAGUACUCAUCAUUUAAAUGUGACAGUUCAGAGCACGAUCCGCUAUACCUCUCGUUCACAGUGUACCCCGGAGUGACGUCAUUCAUGUACUGGGGAGGUCUCUGGGCGACUCUGUUCUUCGGAAUGCUCGUGCUGGCGGCGUUGGACGCAGAGUUCGCAUGGCUCGAAAUGAUCGCGUCGGCCUUCAUGAAUCACUUCUCCACAAAGAACAAGGCGGUCGAGAAUCGGCUCCUCGCCUUUCUCUGUCUCGCCGGCUUCUUCUUCGGGCUCCCGCUGUGUGCGCAGGUUUCAUUCAUUCUGCAAUUUCAUGAAAUCUUUGACUUUCAGGGAGGAAUAUUCAUUUUUCACGCAGUCGAAAACCUGAACGCCAACUGGAACUCCUUUUCUCUGGCUCUUUUGUCCGUGGCCAUUGUGUGUUAUGUGUACGGAAUAGACAACUACCUGACCGACAUUUCGGCCAUGCUCCGAGUGCCCAGAAUCCCCAUCUCCAAAGCAACGAGGUGCAGGGUGAGUCGGUUCGGUUGGGAAUGGUUCCAGUGAGGCCACUUUCAGGACAAGAUGCUCUCGAUUUUCGGGCCGGGCGGCAUCUACAUCAAGUUCUCGCUCUGCUUCAUCUGCCCCGUCAUUCUGACUGUUCUCCUCGUUGCCUCCGUUCUUGGCUACCAGCGGAUAUCAUUCGCCGGCCGCCCGAUUCCAAUCGACUACGAAGUCGUCGCCUGGGUGGUCAUGAUUGGUCCCCUGCUCGUCGUGCCGCUCGUCGCUUUCCUUCAAAUCAGACAGAUUCGGAAUGAGGGAAAGCUUCUGAACUCUCUGUUUGACACUUCCGAAUGGGUCCAGGACGACGGAGGAAUAGAGGAAGGAAUGGAGGACGACGGGCGGGGAGUUCGGUUUGAAAAGUUGGACAGUCCGCCGAAUAGGAGAAGAACUCCGACUAUAUUCACCCACCGUGAGAACACUUAUAUGGUAAGUUGGCAGGGAUUACUGUAGUUUCACGUGUUCCUUCACAGUACAUCGACUCUCGGGGUCCGACGGUCCGUUCACGAGUCUUCCCCCUUUCAACCAUUCCCUCGCUCAACAUGGACCCUUACGGAUGGAAGAUCGGCCGGCUCCGCGAGCAAAUUGCUGCCUCCACGGCUUAUUCCGAAGAGAACGAGUCUACGAACUCUUUCAUGGCUUCCACGGUGAAACACAAUCAGAAUGAGAAUGACAUGGAACUGACGUUAUUCGGAUCGCCACCCGCAAUCAGUGACGACAAGGAGAAAGUGCCCCGAUUCGCGGAGUCGAUGCCUGUGAAUUACAAGUGCAGAAGCCCCACGAGGCGACGAACUCCUCCGAGGAUUCCGAAGAGAAAGUUUAGAAGUGUAAGUGUAUAUCGUAAAAUGGAAUUCUCUGAGCUCAUCUCUUGCAGAGUCCCUCCGCCUCGGAUCCCCCGAUCCCGACGAGUCCUCCGCCUCCUCCGCCCCGCCAUUCCCCUUGUCACUCGGAACCUUCCAUUCAUUCUUCGUCCCGAUCUUCCCUUUUCUCCAAAGAAUCCGACACUUCUUCUUCUUCUUCUUCUUCUCCUUCUUCUUCUUCUUCGCCUCUCGCAAACUCAUCCGAUGACGAGGGAAUCCGGGCUCAGCGAGCUACAGUAAUCCGUCGGAAAACCUCCGACGACGACGCAUUCACUCAAAUUUCCACCGCAACGGCCGAGUCCAUUUCAAUCACGCCGCUCGAUUUUCCACGGCAAAGAUCAUUGAGUUCGGUGGCGAUUUAUGACCAAGAACAGGUAAAUCAGCAGAUUUCAGGACAAUUUCGAGCAAUUGUGUUUUCAGAAGAACUCUCGGUCGAAAGUGUUGUCCCAGCUGAAACGUCCUGCUCCAAUAGACAUGCCUCCGAAGUGA